AUGGAGGUAGUAAAGCCCAUUGUCUUUACAAAACCAACCAGGGAUUUAAAGGCACGUCUUCUAUCAAAAACUUCACAUAUGGCCGAAGAAGAAACUCGUCUUUUAAAUGCAUUUGUUGACUUAUUAGAAAAAUGUUUGAAUUUAAAUCCUGAAAAAAGAUUGACUGUUAGAGAAGCAUUAAUGCAUCCAUUUGUCACUGGAAAGGUAUAA